GUCAAGGUUCGGCACAUCUUGUGCGAGAAGCAGAGUAAAGCAUUGGAGGCUCUCUCCCUCAUCCAGGCUGGGGAGCCAUUCGAUAAGGUGGCCAGAGAAGUGAGUGAGGACAAGGCCAGACAAGGAGGCGACUUGGGGUGGAAGACACGCAAGGAGGUUGUCGCAUCCUUUGCUGACGCUGCAUUCGCCCUGAAUGUGGGGGAGAUGACACGGCAACCUGUCCGGACCGAGUUUGGAUAUCACUUGAUCCUCUGUGAGGGGAGGAAGUAG